CUUUGUUGUUCGGACGUGUUUUAUCUGCAUUCCUACUUCUCUCUAUAAAUUAAUAAUUUAUUAAAUAUUAGUGAGAAUGUGACUUUUUUCUCAAGUGCCUUUUGAAGUAGUGGAUUAUUACCUACUUAUAAUUUUGGGAUAGUGACUCUUGUUUUUGUGACUGAUCGAUAAUUUAAAUAAAAUCAAUACAUAAUUACAAAGUUUUUCACGCAUAUGCAAAAAACAAUAAUGCCUUGUGUGUGCGAUCAAAAGGUUGAUAGAAAUCUUCCUAAAGAGCAGAAAGUGCAGUGUGCAAAGUGCAAUGAUCUCUUCCACGCCACUUGUGUUGGUAUUCGUCCGGCUGAUGUCGAAUUUUUGCAAAGUGCUGGUCAGUGUUUUUUUUGUGAAGCUUGCACUAUUCUGCGUCGGACUUCCCUCCGUUCACCUCCUCCACCUAUUACAAAGGAGAAAACGUCAACCGUCAUCACUAGUUCUUCCUCUUCUAAUUCUCCGAAGUCUGGAGAUUCUACGAAGCAUAGUGAUAAUUCUCUUAUUAAUGCCGAGAGCCAGCAAACAAUAAAUUCUCUGUUUAAUCUAAUAGCAUCUCUUCAAACAGAAAAUGCUAGUGUGUUAAAGUCGGUGAGUGCGCUAAAUGAAGCUAAUAAUAACCUGGUGCUGGAAUCGACAAAAAUAUAUUCGGCCCUUCAAUCCAUUCAAAGUAAACUUGCCGAUAAAGAUAAAAUUAUUGCUGCGCUAACUUCUGAAGUAAAGAGUCUACGAGUUUCUUUCAAUGCUGCUUUUGAUAAGCUAAGAGUAAACAGUGAAACUAAUUACUCCUCGAUGCCAGUUAAUUCAAUGUCAACUUGUGCUUCCUCUGCUCCAUCUUUCGUUGGCGCACUUUCCUAUGCUCAUAUUAUUUCAUCAAACAUGAGCACCGACUCUAAUAAUAUUCCCACAAUAACAACAAUGGGUUGCCCAAUGCAAUCAACAGCGUCGUGCACUGUGACGUCGGCAAUAACUGAUGUUAUCUCAGUUUUUGCUCUCCCAUCUUCUUCUACGGCUGAUGCUAAUGCUUGUGCGCUGAAAGAUAAAGCUAAUGCUUGCGCUGCUUCAACUACGGCUACAGUGACUGCGGCGCCAGUAUCCGAAGCUUCUGCUUCUCCUCUUUUACCUGUUUUUGGCAACGAUAAUGCUCAGUGGGUGAAGGUAUCGAAUAAACGGGCUAGAAAAAACAGCAAUAAGAAUGCCUGUGGUACUGCUACUACUACUACUACUACUACUUCUACGACUGCAGUGACUGCGGCGCCAGCAUCUGACGCAGCUGCUUCCUCUCAUAUGCCUAUUGAUGUGACGAAUAAUGUGACUGGCAAUGCACAAUGGGUAAAGGUGUCGCAUAAACGGCAUAACAAUAAUAAUAAUAUUCGCAUAAGAGGAACUAGUGAUAAUACUGAUCUAAUUGUCGCUGACCGCUACAAAUUGCUUCAUUUGGCCUCUUUUUCUCCAUCCGUAUCUGAGGAUGACAUUAAAAAUUAUGUAGCUAAACAAAUUGAUUUAGACAGAACUCUAAUCUCAUGCUCUAAACUAAUUAAAAAAGAUGUCUCAGCUCAAUCCCUGAAUAGGAUUAAUUUUAAAUUAGGAGUCCCUGAGUCCUGUUAUGAGAAAUUACUAUGCCCGGAUAUCUGGCCAACAAAUGUUACCGUUAAGCCUUUUCUGAAUUUUCGGAAGGGUCGACGAAAGCUAUUACGGACGUAGCAAGUAGUACCCGACUAAUUUAUCUGGUAUGAGAACCAAGUCUGAAAUGGUGCACAACUUUAGUGAGCAAAUGAAUUACGACAUCUUUGUUUUCGUCGAAACAUGGUUGAAUGAGAAUUUUUUUGACGGUGAAUUCUUCAACUCAAAUCUGUUCAAUGUAUUUCGUAAAGAUCGUGAUGCUGAAAAAACUGGCUGCCUUCGAGGAGGUGGUGUUCUUAUUGCCAUUAAGCGUCAACUGCAAGCGUCUUUGGUCACACUUUCGAAUGGUGAUUCUUUACUGGAUCAGCUUUGUGUUUGUGUUAACGGUUCCUCACCGCAAGACUCUUUGUAUCUUCUUGCGUCGUACGUGCCCCCGGGCAGCUCUUUCGAAUUAUACAAGGCCCACGCAGAUAACAUUGCUUCAUUAGUCUUAAACAACGUUAAGGAGCAUCACCUCUGCGUGCUCGGCGAUUUUAACCUACCUAAUAUUAAUUGGUCAACCAGCAUUCCUAAUAAUUACGGU